AUGGUACGCUCGCACGUGCAGGGCUUGCAGAUGAACGUGGAGAACAGGUGCGGUUGCCAUAUGCACCCAGACAAGGUGGCGAUGGUGCCUCCACCGGUGUCCUCUACCUUGAUGGCAAGGGCGCAAACAGACCGCACGAUAUCCCAGCCAUCGCUCCCAAGCACGGGGGAGCAAGUGACGAAAGCCCAGCGUGCAGGCGCCGUGGCCUUGAAGAAGGCGAGGGCCAUGAUGCCCGCCGUGGAUCUUCAGCCGACGGUUCCAAACAGUCGAUCUCGACACCGGCGCCGUGCCCCAAGGUCCUCAACGCGGCCUGAGAACCGAUAA